CACACUUUCGGUUCGAAAAUAGUUGAGUGCUUUAAAAUUGGCUUACUUUCCACGAACUUAUGUCUGCCUGUGAACCAUUUCUGAGAAGCUCAUUGCAAAAAUACAAACACCCAGAUGUCGCAAAGUUCGAUGUACUCAAUGCAAUCACCAUAUUUGGAGACUUGGUACCGAAGUAUGAUGAGUUUGUGUUUGAGGACGGAAGCACUAAGAUGCUCGUGCUACUCGACGGAACGAUCCCAGUAACUUACCAAGGUAAAGGGUACAACAUUCCAAUCCUUAUUUGUCUACUUGACAGCCACCCCAACAGUCCCCCGAUUGUAUUUGUAAAACCCUCCUCAAAUAUGCUGAUCAGACCCGGACGAAAUGUUCAACAGAACGGGAAAGUCAACUUGCAAUAUCAGCGCAAAUGGAAAUAUCCUAACUAUAACCUUCUAGGGAUGAUCCAGAUGCUCGUGAUCGCGUCUGGGGAGCAACCCCCCUUGUAUUCACGCCCACAGACGCAACCCGCCUUGACUGGAGGUGAGGUCUUUGGUCGAACUAAAUAG